AUGCGGCUCAAGUCUUUGCCCAACAGCAGGUACAUAGUCGGGAACGAAGAGGAUACAUGUAUGCCUUCCACGCCUUCAACAUCGUGGCCGUUUACCAUCAGUCUGUCCCGGUCUAGUACCGGUAAUCGGGCAGCUACCGUUCAAACAACGUCCGAAGCAACCCGGUUCCGCCGCGCGUGA